UCGAUGGAUUCGUAGCGAGCACAACUGGUGGAGACGUAGUCAUCUUGGCCGUCGAUCUUCUCCCUUGAUUCCUUGCUCCCAGGCUACUCCGGAUCGGGCUAGGGCACAGCUUCCAGAUCUUACAAUUUAGUGUUUUCUUUUCCUAUUUGGGGUUUGGAGAGUGCGAUGAUGGAAAGGCCGCGAUCGACGUUACAGAUCCUUCUCGCACUACUUGCGCUUCAGUUGUGCGCUUCCAAUCCGAUAUUUUAUGAAUCCUUUGACGAGCCGUUCGAGAAGCGGUGGAUCGUAUCUGUGAAUGAGGAUUACAAAGGAGUAUGGAAACACUCAAAGAGUGAGGGCCAUGAAGAUUAUGGGCUUCUUGUAAGUGAGAAGGCAAGGAAGUAUGGCAUAGUUAAACAACUUGAUGAACCAGUUAAUCUCAAGGAUGGAACCAUUGUUCUACAAUAUGAAGCUAGGUUCCAGAAUGGUCUUGAAUGUGGGGGUGCUUAUCUCAAGUAUCUCAGACCACAAGACGCUAAAUGGGCUCCUAAGGACUUUGACAGUGAUUCCCCUUACUCCAUCAUGUUUGGGCCUGACAAGUGUGGAUCUACCAACAAGGUACAUUUCAUUCUAAAGCACAAGAACCCAAAAACCGCGGAGUAUGUGGAGCAUCAUCUCAAGUAUCCGCCAUCCGUACCGUAUGAUAAACUGACUCAUGUCUAUACUGCUGUUAUUGAACCUAAUAAUGAACUACGGAUUUUGAUUGAUGGGGAGGAAAAGAAGAAGGCAAAUUUUCUUAGUGGUGAUGAUUUUGAGCCAGCAAUAGUCCCACCAAAGACUAUUCCUGAUCCAGAUGAUAAGAAGCCUGAGGACUGGGAUGAGAGAGAAAAAAUCCCUGAUCCAGAUGCUCGGAAGCCGGAUGACUGGGAUGAAGAUGCUCCAAUGGAGAUAGAGGAUGCUGAUGCUGUCAAGCCUGAAGGAUGGUUGGAUGAUGAGCCAGAGGAAGUAGAUGACCCUGAAGCAUCAAAACCAGAAGACUGGGAUGAUGAAGAGGAUGGAGAGUGGGAGGCACCAAAGAUUGAUAACCCAAAAUGUACCACAGCUCCUGGAUGUGGUGAAUGGAGGAAACCAGUGAAGAGGAAUCCAGCUUACAAGGGAAAAUGGCAUGCUCCAUUGAUUGACAAUCCCAACUACAAGGGCAUCUGGAAACCUCGGGAGAUUCCAAAUCCUAAUUAUUUUGAUCUUGACAAGCCUGAAUUUGAGCCUAUUGCUGCCAUUGGCAUCGAAAUAUGGACCAUGCAAGAUGGAAUAUUAUUUGAUAAUAUUCUGAUAGUUAAUGAUGAGAAAGUUGCAGAGUCAUACAGAGAAAAGGCAUCAAAACCAAAGUAUGAACUAGAAAAAGCAAAGGAGAAGGUUCAAGAUACUCCAGCUGGGCUUUCAAGCUUCCAAAAGAAGAUCUUUGAUGUGCUUUACCAGGUUGCCGAUGUUCCUUUACUGAAAUCUUACAGGGCAAAGAUCAUUGAUGUAAUUGAGAAGGGGGAGAAACAACCAAAUAUUACCAUUGGAAUCCUAGUAUCAAUUGUUGUGGUUUUCACCACACUAAUCUUCAGGAUUAUUUUUGGUGGGAAGAAAGCUGUGCACCCCCCAAAAGCCACCACAACCUCAUCCCACACUGCAAGUGCUGAAAAGCAAGAAGAUGAAGCAGGAAGCAGCAAUGUUGAAAGAGAAGAAGAUGAGAAAGAGAAAGAAGAUGCAGGCACAGCAAAGCCUAGGAGAUCCAGAAGGGAGACAUAACAUCUCCUGUGUUCAAAAUUUUGCUUUCCUGCUACUUAUCUAGCAGGUCUUCGUUCUGAAAUUAGAAUGAUUUGGUUCUAUCUUACCUCGGAGACUUAGAAAAUGAAUUUCUGUUGUAGGUUUGUUUCAUUUGGAGUCAAAACUGGUUUAAUGUUUUGUUUUGAUGAGAUGAACUGUGCCGUUCGGAAAAGAAAUGGAUUGCAGAUAUGGCUAAUUAUGGACAUCCAAUCUGUUGUUGUUGUUGUUGUUCAAAAUUGCAAAUCAGAAUAAAACAAUGUAUUUUUUUUCCUAUUUGAUUAAUUUUCUUUGAUU